AUGCUUAUCAUUAAUUAUCUUAGUGCCUUUUAUAUCUUCCUAAAAACUUCCAUCACUGCAGUGGCGCAUACGGCUUUUUACAAAGUGCGCAUUUCGAUGGUUGAGUUCAUGUGUGAGGUACUUAACGAGCACUCCGACCAUCGCUAUCGUUCUGGCUCCAAAGACAGUCGCAACGGAAAUGGGUCCGGAAACGUACGCAACGGAGCAACACGUGGGGGGCUACGUUACAAUGGCACAUCGUAUUAUUGCCGUUCAAGUGGGCAACGACGUGAAGGCAAUUACCGCCGUGAAAAUGUUGGAGGAGUCCUUUCUCCGGAAAAACUGCACAAAAAUUUCUCUUUGAGUAGCCAAGAGGCAAAAAUAUUCGGCGAGGCUGUAAGAGGAAUCAAAGUACGCAUUACACAUCGAGCUGGCGUUGUGCGUGUCUAUCGCGUCAACAGCUUGCAGCUUCCAGCCGACCAGCUCUGGUUUGAAGGCAAAGAUGAAGAGGGGAACGAACGCCGAAUGACAGUGGCUGAUUACUUCGGCGAACGUUAUGCUGAGCUGAAGUACCCGAAACUGCCCUGUAUACAUGUUGGCCCCGUGAACCGUAACAUCUUCUUCCCGCUGGAAGUUUGCGUACUGGACACACCUCAGAAAUACAACAAAAAACUUAACGAGAAACAUACUUCGGCUAUCAUUCGAGCAGCAGCAGUGGACGCCGUUUCACGUGAACAACGUAUUGUGGCACUUUUCGAACAGGCUGGCUUUCAAGAAGAUCCGUUUUUACGUGAAUUCGGAUUGCGCAUCAAUCCAGAGAUGUGUGAAACAACUGCUCGCGUUCUCACGCCACCACGUAUUCUUUUCGGUGAAAAUAACCGACGUGCCGAUCCGAUAGUGAUACCAAAAGACGGCGCCUGGUCAAUGGAUAAUCAGCAACUGUAUGUGCCAGCAAGCUGUAAAAGCUUCUCGAUGAUUGCACUAGUCGAUCCGCGUGAACAGAAUCAGCUCCAAUCGUUUUGCCAAGCAAUCGCUCAGAAGGCUUGUCAGAUGGGAAUGAAAUUCCCAAGUUGGCCGGAUCUCGUCAAAUAUGGUCGUACGAAGGAGGAUGUCUUCAUGCUGUUCAAUGAAAUUGCCACCGAAUAUGAGCAAACCGGCACAAUCUGCGAUCUGAUUAUCGUCGUAAUGCCUUGCAAGAAUGCUGAUAUCUAUAUGACGGUGAAGGAAUGCAGCGACAUGGUACAUGGAAUAAUGUCGCAGUGCGUGUUGAUGAAAAGCGUAAGUCGCCCGUCACCGGUCACUUGCUGCAACCUCAUCCUGAAACUGAACAUGAAGCUUGGUGGGAUUAAUUCACGUGUUGUUGCUGACUCGAUCACACGCAAGUAUUUGAUCGAUGUUCCCACGCUUAUCAUCGGUAUCGAUGUCACGCAUCCCACGCAACAAGAAGAGCGUCAGAAUAUUCCGUCUAUUGUGGCCAAUCUGGAUCUUUAUCCGCAGUCCUACGGUGCAAACAUCAAAAUCCAGCGCAAAUGCCGCGAAUCGGUAGUUUAUUUGCUGGAUGCAGUACGUGAACGCCUUGUGGGCUUUUAUAAGGCAACAAAUCAGAAGCCUAUUCGCAUUAUCGUUUAUCGUGACGGCGUUUCGGAAGGACAGUUUAGUGAGGUUCUGCGUGAGGAAAUGCAAGGUAUCCGAGCAGCAUGUUUGAUGCUUGCAACGGAUUAUCGUCCUCCAAUCACCUACAUUGUAGUCCAGAAGCGACAUCAUGCGCGGAUGUUCUGCAAGUAUUCGCAGGAUGCUGUUGGCAAAGCAAAAAAUAUCCCACCAGGAACGACUGUCGAUACGGGAAUUGUCUCACCGGAAAGCUUCGACUUUUAUCUUUGCUCACAUUUCGGCAUUCAGGUCGGGCGUCACCGAAAUGGACGUAAAGUCGGAAUCUACGUCAAUGAUUUCAUCCUCGCUUUCAUCGCUGAUUACUGCUGGACGUAUUGA